AUGUUUGUGGAGUACACCAUAGAGUCUGUUAGAGAAGGUUUAAGGAGAAGAAAGGCAAAGGAGAUGUCGCAGCAGCUAAAUACAACUGCUUUCCCUCAAUUCAACCUAAGGGAUGAUGAAGCUGAUGCAGGAGAACAAUAUUCAAACAAAGAAGAAGAAGCAGGUGAAGCACCGUUUGCAUAUGAUCCCCACUGCGUAGGCGCAGAUGCAGCAGCAGCAACGAGAAGAAGAAGAAAGCGGCAGCAACGGCUGAUGUUUAAAGCAAUUGAUGAUUCUAAUUUAGGAGAAGUUCAGCUGGAUGAAGCAAACAUACAACAAGUGCUUUAUAUCCUAGGAAGGGCUUGCUUCCUCUCCAGUGCCUCCAUUAAUCGUUCUCCUUAUGAAGAAGCUGUACUUAAUUCGGGUGUAUGUACACUGCAACCUGAACAGUGGAAGGCGCUCUUCAAAACAAUUAAAGAGCGCAUUAAUGAAAUGGACCCUCUUGAAAUAACACGCGCCUCUCAGGGAUUGGCAUAUGCAAAGAAAGCGAUGGAUUCUGCUUCGAAGUCGCUCAAUACUCAGGCUGCACAAACACCGGAGGUGCCUAUACACCCCAACGCGUGGCUUUCUGCGCAAGACGAAUGUAACGCAGCUUUUGAAGAAAUUCAGCGCCACGUCGCCACAAAUGUACAUCUCUUUAAAGGUGAUUGUCUCUCUCGAAUCUUCUACGCCUCUCUUAAAGGAGGAUUUAAGGAAAACGCCGGAUUCAUAGAAUUCGCUUGCUCAGAGGUGCUAAGCCGUUUAAAAGGCCUUCGUCCGUGGCAUGUGGGGCGAAUACUUCAUUCUACAUUUUUCUCUUCUUUCGUUGAGAAAGAUUUUGUAGUGAAGCUGGCGGAGCAUCUCGUCAACAAUCUAUCUUACCUACCUGCUGAAAGUAUCCACCAACUUAUCCCUCUCUUCGUGCAGUUGAAGAUCUUCGACCGGCCGCAACACUCAGCCAAGUUAAAUGUCAUUGCAGGCAAAAGGUUCAGAGGCAUCCAAGACCCGCGUUUGUUGAUUUUGCUGGGAUAUCCCCUCUUAUCUUUUAAGUUGUUGAGUGCAUCGAAUGUUCCAACUGUGGACAGCGCGACGGUGCACAGCACAAACAAACUUUUGAUGCCUUUGAAGUUGAUGGAGUUUUGCAUUCGCCACGACUAUGCGGAACUGUACUCUGCACUGAAGCCCGGCGUUCGUCUUUGGUUGGACAAAGUCAGAGCAACGCAACUGAAGGUGACAUUAAAUAAAUAUUCUGAUUUCAGGUGUAUAGACACUUGCAAAGUCAGAGCAACGCAACUGAAGGUGACAUUAAAUAAAUAUUCUGAUUUCAGGUGUAUAGACACUUGCAGCGGUGCAUGCAAACUGCAAUUCACACAACAGACAUAUGCAAUGCAGAAACGCCGCUUCCUUGUCCUUGAAGCAGAAGGAUGGAAAUUCGUCUUAGUGCCGCUUCAGCCGUUCAUAGACGCCAAAGGAGAUAAACAAAAGGGAGACAGGUACUUGCGUAGUGUAGCAGAAGCUCUUCUUCCUGCAAGUUUACGUCGCGUUGCAUGCGUCAUUUAA